UCCGAGGAACCAUGAAGACUGUACACGCAGUUUGUUUGUUGAUGGGGGUGGCUGCCGCCCUUCCCGGCCUUCGUCUGCGUCGCGACUCCUCGCCCGAUCUCUUCGAGGUGCCCUCCAACACCUCCCUGGUUCUGGGCGGCAUCAACACGGGCUUCGACUGCGCUGACCUCCCCUACGGCUACUACGCCGACGAGGCCAACAACUGCGCCAUCUUCCACGUGUGUCUGCCCUACAUCGACCACAACGUGUACAUCUCCCGCCACUUCUCCUUCAUGUGCGCGCCUGGUUCCAUCUUCGACCAGGAGCGCCUCGCAUGCACCCGCCCCGAGUUCGCCCGUCCCUGCGCAGGCGGCGAAGGCUACAGGAGCUCCAACGGCUACUUCGGCCGGAGUGACAUCAACUUCCUCGAGGAAUAAGGCAAAGGCGUGUGAUUGAGUCCUCCUGGGUCUUGCUUUGCCCCAAUUGUUUUUUCUUGGAGUCAAAAUUCAUACCUAAAGGUAGUACUUUGUUAAACGCAUUUUACUUUCCUUGAGCAAUAAAAGAAUCAGUGAGA